GCCUCGCCCUGGGCUGAAGCCAGCUCACCUGGGCCAGGUGAGGCUGCCGCGACGGCGGUCCCGCCCAUGCAGGCGAGGCGGCUGCUGGCGAGGCGUCGGGGCUGGCCGUCGAGGGAUGGCUCUGCCGCGGCUGCCGGCCUUGCCGCGGGGCUGGCGCUACGGGCUGCUGCUGGGCGCCUACGGGCUGUUCCUGCUGCUGGGCGCCGCCGUCUUCGCGGGCCUGGAGGGGCCGCCCGAGCGAGCCCUGCUGGCCGCCUUGCACGACGCCCGCGCCCGCCUGCUGGCCGAGCACCGGGCCUGCCUGUCGGAGGAGCGGCUGGCCGGCCUCCUGGAGCGCCUCCUCGACGCCGGUAGCUACGGCGUCUCCGGCCUGGGCAACGUCUCCGGCGACGAGAACUGGGAGUUCACCUCGGCCCUUUUCUUCGCCGCCAGCGUCCUCACCACCACAGGUUACGGGCACACGGUCCCCCUCUCGGCUUGGGGCAAAGUAUUCUGCAUCUUGUACUCCUGCGUGGGCAUCCCCUUGACCUUGGUGCUCCUGGCCUGCCUGCUCCAGCACCUGCUGCCCAUCCUGAGCCACCGCCCCAUCCGCUACAUCCACACCCGCUGGGGCUUCCCGCUGGCCCAAGUAGCACUGGCCCACGCCACGGGGCUGGGGCUGGCCACCCUCGGACUCUUCAUCCUCAUCCCCGCCAUCUGCUUCUGGGCGCUCGAACACAACUGGAACUUCCUGGAGUCUGUGUAUUUCUGCUUCAUCUCCCUCAGCACCAUCGGCCUGGGAGACUAUGUGCCGCGAGGCAGCUCUCAGCCACCUCUGCACGAGCUGUAUGAGCUCAGCAUCACCUGCUACCUACUUGUUGGCUUAUUGGCCAUGCUCGUGACUCUUGAGACGGCAUACCAGCUACGGGAAGUCCGUGUUUUAGUCAGUUUUUUCGCUUCUGCUCGUCACCCACCCCCUGAGGAUGACGACCGCCUGGAAAUCUUGGCUAGGGACCAGCUUGCCUUGACUACUGUGUCUGGCUCCACUUUCCAAGAUGGGCCUAUUGAAACGGGUGCAACUUGAUGUCUCCCAAAUUGAUGCUGACUGGUGCUUUUGUUGAUUGUAUUGAUGCUUUACCUGUCUUGUCUUUGUAUUAUUGCUAUUUUAUUGUAUUAGAUUUGUAUUAUUGUUAACCGCCCUGAGCACCUUUUGAUGGAAAGGCAGAAUAUACAUUUUAUUGAUGGUGAUGAUGAUGUACUUAUGGCGACCCGAUAAACAGGGUUUUCAUGGUAAGCGGUAUUCAGAGGGGGCUUACCAUUGCUUUCCUCUGAGGCUGAGAGGCAGUGACUGGCCCAAGGUCACCCAGUGACCUUCAUGGCUGUGUGGGGAUUCGAACCCUGGUCUCCCAGGUCGCAGUCCAACACCUUAACCACUACACCACACUGGCUCUCACACAUUUUAUUAAUAAAUAUAAAAUAAGAAACUCCA